AUGGCAGUACCAGGCAGACGCAACGGUUUGAUGGGCGACGACGACGAGGAAGACGCUCUGUUCGAAGAAGUAGAAGAAAGAUUGUUGCUCGAUCCAGAGUCCGACACACCCCCGCACCUCCGUGACCUCGCCUCCGCCGCCGCACUCGGCGACGUCGACGCCCUACGCCUAGCCCUAG